UUUGUUCUGCAUAAACAAAACAUCCGGAUAAAUUCGAUCCUUGGAGUGUGUGGCUACCAUUUCCGCUUUGGCAUUCUACUGGACCAGCACCUCCCGUCGGAUAAGGAUCCUUCCAUGGCACCUCACGGACACUCUCAUGCAGGCUACGGCGCCACGAACGAAGCGACACCGCUCGUGUCCUCCCCCAAGAAGAAGUCGUCCAUCGCGCUCUCGGAAUCCUCGCUCCGUGCUCGCAAGAAGCUUCAAUGGGCAUGCCUCUUCUCGCUCGUGUUCAUGGUGGCCGAAGUUGUUGGGGGGUUCAUGGCGGGCAGCUUGGCCAUCAUGACCGAUGCGGCGCACUUGCUGAGCGACGUCGCGGGGUUCUGCAUUUCUCUCUUUGCGAUUUGGGUACAAACGCUCCCCGCGAGCUCCAAGAUGACGUUUGGGUUCCACCGCGCCGAAAUCUUGGGCGCGAUCGUGAGUGUGUUGGUGAUUUGGGUGCUCACGGGUUUUCUGGUCUACGCCGCCAUCGAACGGUUUCAAGACGCGAUCAGUGACUCACCCCAAGAACAUGUAGACGGCAAGCUUAUGUUCAUCGUGGCGGUCCUUGGUCUGGUCGUGAACUUGGCGCUGAUGAAGAUCCUCGGCCAUUCCCAUUCGCACGGCAUUGGCGGCGCUUCCCAUGGCCACAGCCACGGCGGCAACGAUGACCAUCAUGACGAUCAUCACGGACACAGCCAUGGCGGUGACGACGAUCAUCAUGGACAUAGCCACGGCCACGAUGAAGAACAUGGUCACGGACACAACGAGCCCAAGAAGCAAGGCGACGACAACGGUAAACCCAGCUUGGAAAACCUCAACAUCCAAGCUGCGUACAUUCACGCGCUGGGCGAUUUCAUUCAAAGCUUGGGAGUAUGCAUUGCCGGCGCGUUGAUUUGGUAUGUAACUAUCCCAUGGUUGGAGAUGCAUGUUGAAACGAGCUGCGUUGUAGGUACAACCCCAAGUGGCAAGUCGCCGAUCCCGUGGCUACGUUUUUGUUCUCGAUCUUGGUCUUGUACACGACCGUGGGCAUCAUCCGAAGCUCCGUGCAUGUGCUCAUGGAAGGCACCCCCGAAGGAUUCGACGUGGACGAGAUCUUGCACGGCCUCGAGACCUUGCCUUCCGUCUCCCAAGCUCACGACUUGCACAUUUGGUCGCUCAACGCGGGCCUCCCGUCGCUCAGCGUGCAUUUGGUAACCAACAGCGACAAUGUCGACGAUACCCUCCAUGAAGCGCAGAAUUAUUUGAUUUCCAAGGACAUUCAUCACAGUACGAUCCAAGUGGAACGCGCGCUCACGACGUACCCCCGCGACUGCAGUGACACGGUGCACUGUGGUCAAUUGUCUCCAAAAUAGACCAAGAGUUUGGACAUUUACUGGACAAUAAGCUUCCAUUCAAUAUACAGUACAUAUUCGCCACCCACA